AACCCAAACAAACAAACAAACAAACCAAAAAAAAAAAAAAGAAAAAAAAAGAAAGAAAGAGAGAGAGAGAGAGAUAAACCUAAGCAAAACCCAGAAAUAUUUGAAGGUGAGCUGCAAAUGGGUAUCAAAGAUCUGCUCAGAUUCAUGAAGCCCCACAUUGAACCCAUUCACAUCAAAAAAUACGCCGGCAAGCGUGUGGGUAUUGACGCGUAUUCAUGGCUUCACAAAGGAGCUUAUUCAUGUAGCAUGGAGCUUUGUCUGAAUUCAGACAACAAUAAGAAAAUGCGGUACAUAGAAUACUUUAUGCACCGAAUUAAUCUGCUUCGACACCAUAAGAUAACGCCCGUUGUCGUUUUCGAUGGCGGAAAUAUUCCGUGUAAGGCCGCCACCGAGGAUGAUCGGCAUAGAAAAAGGAAAGCUAAUCAUGAUUUAGCAAUGGUAAAGCUUAAAGAAGGGAAUGUUAGUGCUGCCAUUGAGCUCUUCCAGAGGGCAGUGAGUAUCAAUCCAUCCAUGGCACAUCAAGUGAUACAGGUUCUUAGAUCAGAAAACAUUGAAUAUGUGGUAGCUCCAUAUGAGGCUGAUGCUCAGUUAGCAUAUCUGUGCAGCCUUGAACCAGAAAAGGGUGGAAUUGUAGCAGUGAUUACAGAAGACAGUGAUCUAGUGGCAUAUGGUUGCCAAGCUAUUGUGUUUAAGAUGGACCGAUUCGGGAAUGGUGAAGAGAUAGUGCUUAACAAUGUUUUUGAUUCAGUGGCUCGUAAACCUUCCUUUCGAAACUUAGAUAUGGAAUUGUUCACAGGUAUGUGUGUUAUAGCCGGCUGUGAUUUCCUUCCAUCUGUUCCUGGAAUUGGGAUUGGAAAAGCUUAUGCCUUGGUUUCCAAGUACCGGAACUUAGACCGUGUUCUAUCAGUUUUGAAGCUUGAGAAGGGCAAUCUUAUGCCUGAAGAUUACUUAAAAUCUUUCAGAGAAGCAGUUGCAGUUUUCCAGCAUGCCCAAAUAUAUGAUGUUGACACUAAAAAGCUCAAACAUAUGAAACCGCUUCCAGAAAAGCUUCUACAGUUUCUGAAUGGAGAGCUUGAAUUCUUGGGACCAGAAAUGCCUCCAUCAGUUGCUACUGCCAUUGCUGAAGGAAAUUUAGACCCUAUAAGCAUGGAGGCGUUUGAUCAUUUCGUAAGUUCUGGAUGUCAUCCAGAUCCAAUUGUGAUCCAAGCCUCUUGUCAACUUUCAAGACCCGAAGCUGCUGUGGUAUCUACACAAGAGAGCUGCUUCACAGUCUUUUCCUCCCAUAAAACCAGAGAACAUAAUAUUGCAGAGAAGCAAAUGUUAGUUUCAAAUGAAGGUAAAUAUUUGAAGGAAGCUGCAGCACUAGAGAAACUAGUUAUGCCAUUGGAAAUUCAUAAAACGGUAGAUAGUUCAAUGGUUCAGAACAGAAAUCUAAUGAAGGUCCCUGACAACAAUCCAUUCAAGAAAAUGAAGUGUGAUGAAAUCCAGUUGGAUCAAGUAGAGAGCAUGACUGAACAAGUUUCAGUUGCAAUUGAUGUUGAAAAUUUUGACAUCUUGUGUGUUACUCCAUAUAGCAGUACUCCAUUAGAGGUUCUUGACAAAUCUUCCAGGAAAAGAAGGCUCAGUGAUAUAUGCUCAGAUCAGACAGCUGAACAAGUUUCAGGGAUAACUGAGGUAGAAGACGCAGACAUCCUGUGCAUAAAUUUGGAAUCCCAAGAGAGUGUAAAUUCUAAGCCUAUAAAGGCCACUGAUGGAAAAAGGAGAGGGAAAACUGAGAAGUCAAAGAAAAGUAAUUGCAAGAGCUCUGAGAAUAAAAAGAGCAGUAUCUUGAAUUUCUUCUCUCGUGUUUAAUCUUUUGAUUUUUAUGUAAGCUAUAUUUUGUUU